UUAAUGUGUGUUGUUGUGCGGGCGCCAUCAGGCAUUUGCCGGAAAUUUUUAAUCGUUUUUUAAGUUUUAACCGAUAUAAAAUAUGUAAAUUGUGAAUCCAAUUACAAGAAUCGGUUAAAAUAUGCAUAUAAUAUCUAUAAAGCAAGGACAUAAGAAGGAAAAUCUACACAAAUUUGAUAAAAUAUGCCGGAAAGAGAACAAUCUGUCUCUCCUGCUUCUUCUUUUAAAUGAGCAGCAGAGAUAGUUGAACACGGAGUGAAAGAGAGAGAAAGAAAGAGCGAACGAUAGGCUAGCCAUUUUGGUGUUGAUUGGAAAGUGGAAGCGUGGAAAAUUUGGUUGAAAACGCAUAAUUCCAUAUAUUGAAUUUGAUGUAAAUCAUAAAGCAUAUGUAAAAUCAUAAUACAAUUUUACAAAAUUUAUGCGCGAGUGUAUGUCGCUGUGUGUGUGUGUAUGUACAUGCAAAAUAUGUGAAAAAUCGAUUGGAAACUAACUGGAAGAUUGCUUCAUUGGAAAGUAAAGGCGCGCGGGGCGCCAAUUGUCAUUGCUAUCGAACACGAAGAAGAACAAGAACAAGAAGAAGCAGCGCAAACGGCACGCUCUGGCUACAAAAAAAAAAAAAAAUCUACUCAAUGAACGAGCAAUAAGAGAGAAGAACAAAAUAACAAUAAGUGCAAUAAAAACGAAAACAACACGAAAAAAAAACACUUUGAGUUGUGUGAGAGAUAAUGUGACCAAUAGGAGUUUUCAAAUUUUAAUAAUAAUAGUAUCCAAAAAGAAUCGUUCGACUGGAAUGAAACAUUUGCAUAUGCAGCACCAGCAGCAGCAGCCGUGUGGAUGAGAGCGAGAGAGAGGGCAGCUAAGGAGACGAAGAAGAAUGCGAUGGUGGCGCGGUGGCGGGUAGCAGCAGUAGCAGCAUUUAGAAACUUAUUGUAAAUUGAUUGACAAGCGGAGGAGCAGCAGCAGCGAACGCAAAAGCAAAGCAAAUGCGCAAAACAAAAAGGCAAAAAGAAGACCAAUCAACAACUGGCUAAAGGCUAAAGCGGCUGAGCGAGACAGAACUAGGCAAAAGGCAAAAAAGAGCAGGGUGCAAACGACAAAGAUAGAGCGAGAGAGAGCGAGCAAGAGCAAGCAAGAGCGCGAAAAAGUUGUUAAAAACGCGGGCACAAAAAUAUACCAGAAGCAGGCAGCAGCAGCAGGCACACACAUUUCUUUAUAUAACUAAUACACUAAAAAAACUCUUGAGAAACGGAAACAAAACAAACACGCCAAAAGUAAAAAAAAAGGAAAGAAACGAAAACGGGAAUCCGGGAGCAGAAGAGAAGAGCAAAAAAAAAAGUUAAUCCGCCAAAAUAAAUUGGUUUUUCUUCGAUUGUUUUUUUCUUUCUUUCUUUCUCUUCUUACUUCUUAAUGCGGCGCCAAACUGCAAACUGCAAUUAUUACUACUGAAACGAAAAUAAGACGACGACAACUUUGAUUGUUGUUCAGGCCCUGGCCAAAUAAUGGAACCAGAUCCCAAUGGGAUAAAAAUAGAGCCGACACUUGACCACCAUCAGCAACAGCAGUACGCCACUCAUGUCCUGGCCAUCAAUGGACCCAAUGCCCGUUUACUUAUCGAGCAUCCCUCAGCGCUGUUGGUACCCUUGUCGACGCAUCAUCAGCAACAGCUUCAGUUACAACAACAACAACAGCAGCAACAACAACAGCAACAACAUCAUCAUCAACAACAGCAACAGCAACAUUAUCACCUCCAGCAACAGCAACAGGAGCAACUGCAAUUUCAAAAUUCGCAAUUGCAACUUACCUUACCCGCCGCCUAUACAACAGCAGCAACAACAACAGCCGCACAACAGCAACAACAACAACAGCAGCAGCAACAAUUACAAUUAUCAUUGAAACAACAACCACCACCAACACCCUUGGGUCCCACAUCAAGUGUUAGUGCCAGUUCAGCCGCCUCCAUAUCAAUAACACAUCAGCAACGCUGGAACGAAAGUCCCGAGGCACGGAUACGCCGUCUGGCCAGAAAUGCUGAAAGGAUGCGCGAGCGACGACAACGUGAGAGCGAGGAUGAGUACCGUAAGCGUUUGGUACGCAACGCCGAAGCAAACCGCCAGCGACGACAAAACGAAUCUGAUAUCGAACGAGCCAUGCGUCUGGUUCGGAAUGCAGCACGUCAACGGCUGCGACGAGCGAUGGAAUCACCGGAUCAGAGGGCCAAACGUUUGGCCAAACUGGCCGAGCGUAUGCGCAUGUAUCGUGCCAGCGAAACGAGCGAUCAGCGUAAAGUCCGUCUGGCCGAAAUGGCAGCCCGGGCGAGACAGAGGAUUGCCAACGAAUCGGUGGAGGAGCGUAAGGAUCGGCUGAGAAAGCUGAACGACUAUGCCAAAAAGGUCAGAGAAAAGAAAAAGAUCAUUAAGGGUCAUGGCAGUGGCACGGGCAUAACAACCGUAAAUGCAUCUGCAUCAACGUCAUCAGCAGCAGCAACCACUACGGCACAGCAGCAGACAGCACUAAAUCACAAUCAGGCGACGCCACCAACGCCGCCAACAGGUGGCAGCAGCAAUGAUACAACAACGACGACAGCAGCAGCAGCAGCGGCGGCGGCAGCAGCAGCAGCUGCCUAUCAGCAACAUCAAGCCCUAACGGGUGUCGAGUAUAUGGGUCAAAAUAUGUUUCUAACACGUCCGCCUCCCAUGCAAUUAAAACAGGAGCCGCUAACACAGACGCAACAGCAGCAGCAGCAACAACAAAUGCAACAGCAGCUCCAGCAACAGCAACGUUAUCAGCAACAACAGCAACAACAACAGCAGCAGCAGCAACAGGUGGCCGUUCUGGAUGCAGCCACAGGUGAACCAGGCAGCAUUUUUGUACAACAAAUCUAUGGCGGCGAUACGACAGAGCCCACUGUGGUGGGCAAGGCGACAACGAAAUUACUACAGGCGGCUCAUGUACCGCAUUUUAGUAUCGCCAGUCCAUUGGAAUUGUAUCAUCAGCACAAAUACGCCGCCAAGAAGCAGGACCUUCAGUCGGGAGGAGGAAAUGGCAACAGUGAGACCUCAACAACGGCGACGACGUCAGCAAAUGACAACAGCGGGUCUGUUAGUCUCACCCAAAAUGAGGCCAAGGUCAUUGUGACAGCCGACCAACAGCAGCAGCAUCAGCAGAAAGUACUCAAGACAACAACCGGACACGGCGCACCAUUGUACAAUCAGUUUCCCUCCUAUUUGGCCACAUUUCCGGCGAAUACAACAAGUACAGUGGGCGGCACCACAACAUCAUCGGCGAGUGUGGUGACAGGCGGUGGAGGUGGUGCAGGAGGAGCCGUCACCACUGGCACGGCCACUUAUUAUCCCAUGUAUCAUAAUGGCUUCCAAAUUGGCAUCGGGCCGAAUGUUGUACCGCCGCCAUUUACCCCGGUGCACUUUACGAAUGCCAGUGGUGGCAAUAGUCCCACAACAGCGGGAGGAGCAACCACCACCGGGCAAUAUAAUAUCCUAACGGCGGCAGCUACAAAUCCCACGUUAACGGUCAGCGGGCUAGUGCAACCGCAACAGGAGCAAAUUCUCCAUACCGUUUCAGCGGGUCGGGGCAGGCCCCGGAAAAUAAGCGUUGUACAGCACGAGGAUCAUCUGAAGGCCAAUACAUUACUCGAACAGGAGUUGAAUCAAAUGCUAUCCGGUCCACAGCUGGGCGGCGGUACACAGCGGCGUGGACGUAUUCAUGCACAGGAACUGGACGAUGGGCACAUACAUGUACAUUCCACAACGGGUGCCGACAUUGGAGGCGGAUCGAACCCAUCCACGCCGCGACGCACUGGCGUCAACAAAUACGAAACGGAGGACGAGAAACGUAUACGGCUGGACAAGAUGGCCGCCCAUCAGCGUGCCGUUCGAGCGAAUGAAUCGCCCGAGCAGCGGGCAAUACGACUGCAAAAAUUGAGUGAACGAGCGCGACUGAAACGUGCCCAGAUCCGAGCUACCGAGAAUAAUGAUGAGCGCAAGGAGCGAUUAUCUAAACAAGCGGAAUAUGCUCGACUGCGGCGCAUGCGUAGUCAUACGCCGCGCAGUACAAGUAGUACGGCCAGCGCCGAAUUCCGUGCCAAAACGGAGGAGGAGCCCAGUCCGGAGCAGUUGUAUGAGAACGAUGCCGGCGGCGGUGAUAGCUUUGUCACAGUGUCCGUGAAAACGGACUCUCAACUGGAUGGCGAUGGUUCCAACGAUCAGCAAUUGUCCGCUUUGCAUUUGCAACAGCAUGAGUUGCAGCAGAUCACCGGUAGCAUCCAGCAGCCCCAUCAUGAGGCCAUUGUGCUCAAUCAGCAGCAUCGUUUGAUAUCCCUCAGUCAGCAUCAUCAGCAACAGCAGCAGCAGCAGCAACAACAACAGCAGCAGCAGCAGCAGGGCUAUGGCAAACAACUUCACACGACCACCUCAACGGCAGCAGGAGCUCCACCUGGUUCUGGUGGCGGCAAUGCAACCGGUGCACCCGAAAAUAAUGAUAUGCUUAAGAUACUCGAGCCAAUCAUUGUGAUGAAGACCAAAUGAGAAUCGAGAAGGCGUCACAGCCGGCCAACAAUAAUUCGCUAGCCCCCGCCUACCGCCUGCUCCAUGGGCAUCCAGUUAAUAGAUUCCCCAUAUAAAAGCAUACAUAUACAAAUAGAAGACAUCCGAGUAAAGGGCAAUGUAUAGGAUAUAUAUAUAUAUAUAUAUAUGUCAUAACUAAUCCUACGUUUCAAUACCCUUGCAGCAUGUUGAUCUAUAUUUUAUAGAUGGGUACGAUGGGGGAGUUGGACUCUUUAACGCACAAUGUAAAGUAUAUAUAUGCUAUAUUUGUCUAUCCGUCUGUCUGUUUGUCGAUGUCACUUUUAGUUUUCGACCUAUCUGACUGAAUGUUGAAACAUUAUAGAUAUAGAUAUAGCAAUCGGUCGAAUUGAUAAACUCCUCUUCCCCCUACCCAUCAACCUCAACCUCAAUACCAAGCGCAAAAGUAAUUGGUAAAACUUAUUUAAGGGAUCGGCGAACUGCUAGAGUGUAUAUAUAUAUCAUUUUAUAUAACU